AUGGUCGCAUGGCGCCUGGCACGGCGGCAUGGUGCCCGUGCGUGGAGGUGCGUGAGCGGCGAGGCUCAGCGCUUGGAGGAACACUGGCGACUCUUCAGCCGCUGCCAGACGGCCUCGGCACCUGUGGAGUCUUUGGAGGCGCUCUCCACCGAGCUCCAUGGCCUCGUGCAGCGGACCCAGCCAACUGCAGAGCAAGAAGCGGCAAAGGACGCUCUCUUGCGCCAGGUGCAGCAAGCGGGUCAGGAGUCCUUGGAUGGCUGCCAGGCCGAGCUCUUUGGCUCUGCCGCAACGAAGCAAUGGAUGCCAGGCAGUGACCUGGACAUUUGUUUGUUGGCUCCUGGGAUGACAGCGAAAGCUUCGCAGGUGCGAGGCCUGCGGAAGGUGGCCAGUGCCCUACGACAGCUGGGAGGCGGGACGCACAACAUCCAGCCGCGAUUCCAUGCACAGAUGCCCAUCCUACGCUGGGCUCCCCGUCGUCCAGAUCGCGCAGGCGCGCUGGCGUGCGAUAUCAGUGUGGGAAAUGUGCUGGCAGUAGCCAACACCCGGUUGAUUGCCACCUAUUUAGAGAUCGACCAGCGAGUUCCAGUGCUCUUGCGGGCCAUCAAGGUCUGGGCCAAGAAGCGCGGCAUCAACAACCGGCAGCGGGGAAGCUUCUCCUCCUUCGCGCUGACGUUGAUGUUGAUCCAUGUGCUUCAAGCACGGCCUUCUCCAUUGCUCCCCUCCUUACAGGACCUUGCGAUCCAGCAUGAGCUGCCGCCCUUGUUCCUUCAAGGUGCUGACUGUCGCUAUUGCAGUGACUCCGAGUUGAUUUCGGGUGCACUGCUGAAACUUCAAGGAGAUCAUGGCACAAACCAGGAAUGCGUGGGUGCUUUGCUCUUGGAAUUCUUCAGAUACUUUGGAUGGGUGUACCAGUGCGGGGCGAUUGCGAUCCGCGACACGUCGUCCUUUGCAUCGAAGUUUGAGAAGAGCCAGUCCUUCUAUGUCGUGGACAACCCCUUCGAACCGGGGAAAGACGUCGCCAACAUCGAGGUACGACUCUUCACUCGCCUACGGGAAGAGUUCCGCCGGGCUCACGCACUGCUUUGCGAGGGCCAACCGUUUGACACAUUGUGUGAAGAGCCACCACAGCCAGGCGCGGACCCGUUGGCUGGGAUGAUCAGUCCUGGACGCAAUGCGCCUCUGACGCUUCGCGGAACACGCGCCGGAAAAGACGCCGGACAGACCGCACGGUCCUUCCGCGGUGUCCGGGCGGGAGUGAGUGGUUCCGCCAAUCGAAUCUAG